CAUACACCAUUUAGGCCGUCGUCAGCGAAGAUCCAAAAUGGCCGCCGAAGGAGUUUGUCCAUUUCCCUUGCCUCCAAGUCAAUACUAUAAAGUAUAUACGGACGAAAAUGUAGAGAGACAAAUAGUGCCUGAUCCACCACCUCCAGUUGAUGGAGCUUAUUCGAUGUUUGGGGCUUCAUUUGAGACCGAUGAAUCUAUCAUCAGACCUUUAGAACUUCAGGGAAUAACUAGACUGUAUACAACUCAAGGUAGAUUUGAUCGCAUAAAAGAACUCAAGAAAUUAAAUCAUUCAAUAUUUAUUAACUUCCUGGAGCUGCUGGAUAUUCUUAUUAAAUCACCUUCAUCCUCCAAGAGAGAAGAAAAACUUGAUGACUUAAACCUGCUAUUUAUUAAUAUUCAUCACUUGAUCAAUGAACUCAGGCCUCACCAGGCACGAGAGACAUUAAGAGUGAUGAUGGAAAGGCAGAAACAGCAGAGACUGGAAACAGCCGAUAAACUGAACAAGCAUUUGGACAGAGUAGUGACAAUGCUUCAGUCUUGUUUAUCAUCAUUACAGAUAGCAUCUAGACAACAGGAUAAUUCAUUUGAACAAAUGGAGGUUGAUGAAUCCAGCAAGCACACAGAGGAUGACGAGCAGUUUACCAGAGAAGAUGAAAUUAUGUGCAGUGUUCUGGAAGAGAUCUCUUAGCUAUAUUUUCUUGUUUUACACAUAAACUUACCAUGGCAUGUAAAUGUGUAAAUGCAAAAUUAGUUCACAAAAUCCCUUCCCAUUUUUUAAGAUUUCUUGACAAGUGCAGUGAGCUUUAUAAAACAGAAAUACAUGCACUGUUUUGUUAGAGAGGAUCUGCCAACUCAGAAAAGUGCAGUUUCACUUUCAUAAUUGCUAUGUGAAGAGGAAAAGGUGAGCCCUCAUGCAUCCCAUGGUGCUGCAAGGGAGGACGAAAGAGGAAUACUUACACUGUCAUCAGUUGUUCUCAUCAUGGAAUUCCUGCUAGCAUAUCAUCUAUUUAGCAACAUUACAAUCACCAAACAACAACAUAGCACAGAUUUUAGGGGGAAAAAAAAGAUCAGUGACACAGGAUUGCCUUUGCCAAAUUGCCUUCAGUAUAGGAUGCUAGUGAUAUAUUAGUAACAGUUCUGUUCCAGAAAAUCUCCAUCUUAUCAUGGAGGACUUUUUUGUUUGACCCUGAGUCUCUCCUCUAUAAGUUUCAGCUAAACUACAUGUUCAUACUUUCCUUUAAACAUUUUGGUUUCUGUGGCCCUCCACCUCCACCAGUUAGAGUUCCAACAACCCUCUUUGGAAACGUGUAUUUUUUUAUGUUUUGAAAUCAUGCAAUAACUAUUUUGCAUGAGCUGUUUCUUUUGUAACUUUACAUGUAGCUGCUAUACAGUUAGGUGGGGAUUGUUAGGAAAAAAAAAGAAUGAAAAGAGCCAUUUCAUUUUGGCUUUUAUGAUAAAUCUUUAGAGCUAGUAUUUAUUUAAAUUAUAUUCUAUCUAAUAGAUGUACAUAUAGAGAUCUUUUGUACAGAAUUUUGCACAUAAAAGGUUUUUGUAAAUGAACUGCUAAUCUUUGACAUAAUAUAGUUCACCUGGGAGUUUGAGGAAGUUAUAGAUGGCUAUCUGCAAAGAAUAAAAACUCCAGAGAGGUGCAGGAUUGUUUUUCCUAUUGAACACUGGUACAGGUAUUUUGGUAGUAAAUACCGGUUUAUGGUGGUGUUUUAGAUAAGUUGUGUUCUUUUCUUUGUUGGUAGGGAGGGGAGUUAUAUUUGCACCGCCUCUAACAUGCGAUCAUAUCCUUCCUCCCUUCAUACAAUGCAUCAUCACUUGUACAGUUUGUAAAUUAAAUCUUUAAUGCUCAGUGGGUUUUUGGCAGAAUGUACUUACAUACUUUUGAAAUGGGUCUUUUUGGUUUGUAUUAAUAAAAACAAUAUUUGGUCAGG